AUUGCCGCAAAGUCGAACUAUGAUUAUUUAAGAUUUUACUUGUUUUUUAAAGUGUAAUUUAAGAUUUUACAAUUUGACCAUGAAUUUGUCGGAAGAAAAUAAUUUUUCAAAUGGCCUUUUAUAUGUAGGCUUUAAUCAGGACCAAGGCUGCUUCGCUUGUGGAACGGAAAAUGGAUUUAGAGUAUUUAAUAGUGACCCGCUUAAAGAAAAGGAACGUCAAAAUUUCGCAGAAGGAGGACUAUCUUACGUCGAAAUGUUGUUUAGGUGUAAUUACAUGGCGUUAGUAGGUGGCGGCAAGACUCCUGUGUAUCCUCCGAACAGAGUAAUCAUAUGGGAUGACCUAAAAAAAGAUUCUGCAAUUUCCUUAGAUUUCAAUAGCCCCGUUAAAGCUGUGAAAUUGAGAAGAGAUCGAAUAGUCGUUGUUUUGGAAAAUUUGAUUAAAGUUUAUACAUUUACUGCACAACCCCAAUUAUUACAUGUAUUUGAGACAUGCCAAAACACUAGAGGCCUCUGUGUUGUAUGUCCGAACAGCAACAAUGCCCUUGUAGCAUAUCCUAGUCGGAAAACUGGGCAUGUUCAGUUGGUGGAAUUAAGCAGUCAUGCAGGAACUAGUACUGCACCAGAAGGUCAUCUUAUUGCUGCACAUGAGGCUCCUCUCAGUUGCUUAGCCCUUAAUGUGGGGGGUACAAGAUUGGCCACAGCAUCUACGAAAGGCACUCUCAUCAGAGUCUUUGAUACUAGUACUGGACAAAAGUUAGCAGAAUUAAGACGAGGAGCACAUCAGGCAACAAUAUAUUGUAUAAACUUCAACCACACAAGUACAAACCUCUGUGUAACAUCAGACCAUGGCACAGUUCAUAUCUUCAGUCUAGAGGACGAAAAAUUAAAUAAACAGUCUAGUUUGGCGACAGUUAAUUUUUUGCCAAAAUAUUUUUCAAGUAAUUGGAGCUUCUGUAAAUUCACCAUACCUAAUGGGCCACCAUGUAUUUGUGCAUUCGGUGUAGAUAAGAGCUCUAUAAUUGUGAUAUGUGCAGAUGGCUCGUACUACAAAUAUAAGUUUAAUGAAAAAGGUGAAUGUACCAGAGAUGUAUAUGCUCAAUUCUUGGAGACCUCGGAAGAUAGAUAAACGUGAUAUGAAAGAUAUAUUUGGAAUGUGAUUAACGAAAGUAGUAUCAAGUUAGGUUUUACCUAAUCUCUUUUCAAUGUUGAUACUGUGCUGGAUUAUUAAUUUUUUUUGUUUUUCAUAAAUCGAAUGAGCUUUUCUCUUUAAAUGUGAUAUAUGUCCUCGAUGAUCAUUGAUUAAUGUGGUGGUUUUAAGAUGUAACAAAAUCAUGCCGUUAAAGACUUAAAUCGAUAAAUGCUCCAAUUGAUUUUAUUUUUCUAUAUGUAGUGUAAUUAUAUUUGUAUAAUUUAUAAUAUAUUCAUAAGAUAUCAUUGCAUGAAAUUAUGUAGCUGUAAUUACAACAACCUACUUACAAUAGCCUAUUCCAAUGACAAGGGAUUAAACAUUUACAUAUUCCCUAGAUUUGCUAACAGUUCUACUACAUUAUGCACUACAAACAGUUCUUGAUGAAUAUAUUUUUAUUUAUAGUAAUACAAGAAUAUUCUACUUAAUUAAUUAUAUCCACUUUAAUUUUACAUCCAAAUUUCCGUAAAAACUUUAAAAAGUUUUAUAGAAAUUAUUAUCAAUAAUUAUACAAUUUUUAUUCAUAAUUAAUAAUAUAGAAUAUUUUAGAUUUCGGCUAUUGAUUUUAAUGAAUAUUCGAUAUUCAUUCAAGGUCUAAUUUGUUUAUUUAUUUUAAUUCCUCUUACCAUUGGAAUAGGUUAAACAUAUCAUUUUUUAAAUCAACAAAUUAUAAUGUAUAUAUUAUAAAUUGCAUAGAAAUCUUUAGUGAUUCUAAAUUGUAAAUUCUAAAUUUAAAAAUGUGUCCAAUCAAAUACUGUAACCCUUAUUUGUAAAUAUUGCUUAGAGGCUGAUAGUUGAUAUAUAUAGUUUUAUUAUUUUCUCAACACAGUAACCUAGGAAUCAAGGAUGUGCGUGCAACUUAAUACCGGAGUCAUGUUUAUUACUGCUAAUAAAAGACAAUGCUUUAUAACACGCUCAUGCUUGAUUUUGAUACACAUUUGUAUAUUUAUAAAUUGUUAUUGAUGUAUUUAAACUAAGGAAAUUUUAUAUAAAUUAGAAAAACAAAUUAUCACUAUCAAAUAUCAUUUCGUAUCAAAUUCCUACCUAUAUUAUAUCAAUUUUUUUUUAAUCUUUAACGAUCUCAAAAAUAUAUUUCGUUAAAUUAAAUUGGAAAAUUUAAGAGAUUUAACAUGUAGAUUAAUUAGAGAAUGAAAAGAUUAUGUAUUAUCGGUUAUUUGUAAACUAAAAGCUUAAUGCGGGAUUAAUUAUAAUUUAGUGCCUUAGAUUUGUCUCUGAGGGCAACCUACAGAGUUAAUGCUUCAUCUGCGAAUCGUUUAUAUUACUUUAGAGCUAACUAGAUACAUUGUUUUAUUUAAAUUAGGAAAAAAUAAUUUUUGUAACUUAAUAAUGUGAUCACAAAAUAUGUACCAAAUUUUCUUUGUCAUUUUAAAUUUAAUCGUAUAAUAUUAUUUUGAAUUAUUUAAUGUAUUAUUUCGUUUUUUUUUUUUCAGAUAAACAUACAAUUAUGGAUAUUUUACAAAAUAUUGUUAUAUAAUUUUUUCAUUAUGCCUUAAAUGACCUUGUUGUAAUCGCGACCUUGUAAUAAAUAGCAGUAAGCA